ACCACUUCAACCUUUCAUUUCAGUUCAUUCACUCUCACUUCUUUCUCCUUUCACACGAUGCAAGGCCUCCGCCGCUGCUCAAACGACGUCGUACGCCUCGACCUCACCACUCCCACGCCGGCCACAAUCAACUCCUCCACCACCUCAUCGUCCUCCUCCUCGCUCUCCAUCGACGUCGAGGAACCCACGGAGGCGCGUAUCCAGCGGCUCAUAUCGGAGCAUCCGGUGAUCAUCUUCACGCGCUCCUCCUGCUGCAUGUGCCACGUCAUGAAGAAGCUCCUCGCCACCAUCGGAGUCAACCCCACCGUCAUCGAAUUGGACGACCACGAGAUAACGGCCCUCCCGGACGCCACCCGCACUCCCGCCGUCUUCAUCGGCGGCGCCUCCGUCGGCGGCCUCGAGUCCCUCGUCGCCCUCCACGUCAGCGGCCACCUCGUCCCCAAACUCGUCCAAGUCGGCGCCCUCUGGACACAUGCUGGUUCAGUUUGACUUCGCAGAAAUUCAGGUUGGUUUUUGGGACUGAUAGAAAGAAUCUCACUUUCUUAAAUGUCUGUUGAACACUUGAUCUUUUACUGCAUGAAUAGAAGUGUUGUUAACAAGGUUGAUGAAAAAGAAUGGGUUUUGAUGGAUACGGAGAAGAAAAGUUUGUGGAAAGAAAGUUUGAUUAUUUUGAUGUGGGAAUAGAUCUGCGAGUAUGGUUUGUUGGGGGUGGAGGGUACUCGCGAGGUGUGAGUGACACGUGUUCGGAGAGAGCAUCUGUGUUGUGUGGUGAGAGCGACAAGGAUGUGUGGUUGGGUUGGGUUCAAUGGUUGUUGUUGUUCUUCUUCUUCUACAACUACUCGGUGUGGUUCGAUUAUCGAUUAUACAUAAUCACGGGUUCCUUUUUUCCUCAAUUAUUAUCAUGCAAUCAGAGGCCAUGGUUUUCUCACUUUU